AAAUAAUGCUAUAAGAACUCAAGAAAGUCUUAGCAGUAGCUACAGUUCAAAAUUGUAUUGCAAUUGUAAAGAUCAAAGUAAUUAGUCCAAAACUUUAAAACAAAAUGGAUUUCAAUACUGCCUGCGAAAAAGCUAAAGCCUUCACUAAGAAGCCUACAAAUGAGGAAUUUUUGGAAUUCUAUGGUCUCUACAAACAAGCCACUGUAGGUGAUUGCAACAUUGCCAAACCUGGUGUAACAGAUUUGACUGCCAAAGCUAAAUACGAUGCCUGGGUAAGACAUCAGGGUAUGUCUCAGGAUGCCGCCAAACAGGCCUAUAUUGCUGUCUAUCAAAAAUAUGCUCCCAAAUAUGCUUAAAUUUUGAACUAAUAAUUUGAGGAAAAUUAAAAAUUUUGAAUAAAAUGUAACAAAAAUAAAA